CUUCUGUUUGAAAAUAAAAUGCAUAAGCACACGAUGGACUUAGCUCUGGCGUUAAGUGCUUUGUUGGCACUUUCUUUCGUCGCAGCUGCACAAAAAGAAGAUUUCCAAUGCCCCUCCACUAUUGCGAACGGAAAUUAUGCUGAUCCAGUCACUUGCCGGCGAUUCUAUCAGUGCGUCGAUGGUUACCCUUACUUGAAUCGCUGUCCGUCCGGCCUAUACUUUGAUGAUCUUCAAAAGUUCUGCACCUUCAAGGAGGAAGCCAAAUGUGGGCCACUCCCUACAACACCAACACCAGCAACAGAUGCCCCGGCUGAUAGGGCACAGCGUUGCAAUACCGAAGAGUGUCAAUUGCCAUAUUGCUUCUGCUCAAAGGAUGGCACACAGAUUCCGGGUGGUUUGGAUGCGGAAAAGAUUCCACAAAUUAUCCUGCUAACUUUCGAUGGUGCUGUAAACUUGAAUAAUUACGAUCAUUAUUUGAAAAUCUUCAACGGUAAGCGCACGAAUCCAAAUGGCUGUGUAAUUCGUGGUACUUUCUUCAUGUCGCAUGAGUACAGCAAUUACCAACAAAUUCAACAUCUCGGCUACGCUGGCCACGAGUUCGCCACCGAGAGUAUUUCACAACAACAAGGACUUCAAGACAAAGGCUACGAGGAAUGGGUUGGUGAAAUGAUUGGCAUGCGUGAAAUACUGAAGAGCUUCGCCAAUGUGUCCGUCAACGAUGUGGUCGGUAUGCGUGCGCCAUUCUUGAAGCCUGGACGCAACACUCAAUAUAAGGUUAUCGAAGACUUCGGCUACAUCUAUGACAGUUCGAUCACAGUGCCACCGGUUAACGUACCCAUCUGGCCGUACACGCUCGACUUUAAAAUCUCGCAUGAAUGCAAGAGCGGCACGUGCCCGUCAAAGAGCUUCCCCGGCGUGUGGGAGGUGCCACUCAACACUCACUAUGUCGAAGGUUAUGAGGGCGGUCACUGUCCCUAUCUAGAUCAAUGUGUGCUCCACAAUUUGGAUGAGGAUGAGGUAUUCGCUUGGCUGCAGGAGGAUUUCACACGCUACUAUGAACAGAAUAAGGCGCCCUACAUGAUGCCAUUCCACACCAAUUGGUUCCAGACGAAACCGCUAGAAAAUGGCCUGCAUAAAUUCCUUGAUUGGACACUUGAACUGUAA